AUGACACUUCCUGCUAUUACUCAAUUAAGCAGGUCUAGGACGGUUGGCAUGACGUCGACCGUUGGAUAUACUACUCCGCCUGGUCUUGGAGGCCCUGUUGUUAUUAUUGUCAGCACCAAGACUGCAACGCUUCCUGCUGUGACCUCUUUGACUACCCUCCUCACUCUAGGCCAUACCUUCAUUUUAACGCCGCCUGCAAUUUUGAGCUCAGCACAAGCAUAUCCGACCCUAAUCAUUGUUGGAAAUGAAACAGUAACCUUUUCUUACGUCUCUACUAUUACAAUGCCCGCCUCCUCUAAAACAACCUUCCCUCUUACAACCCCAAUGUCAACAAACGCAAGUUUUGGAUCCAAUCCAGCAACGCCUGUCACCGUGGUUGAUGGAACUCGAAGUCUAACCUUUCCAUCUCCAAGUAAACAGACCGCUGUGACUCUUGAGGGCCAAACCACUACAACUCAGGUACCAAGUAGGCCUCCGAAUAAUACCGCUGUGUUAUCGCCGCUUCCCGCCACUAAAAACAAUACAAUGACACCAGUCAUGGUAGCCAUUGGCAAUAGUACCUUUACAUUCUCACCGGGAAUCCAGAAGACAAUAGUGACCAUAAAGGGCCAUACAGUCACGCUUGACCCUGAACAAUCACCAACAAUCAGCUCAUCAUCCCGCGCCCCAUCGGCAACGGGCAUGACGAGGAGGCCAGGCACGGCACCAGCGAUAAGCCUGGAACCGACACUGUCAAAUAGCCGUAGCACCACACUUGUGCGCGCAAAUCCAACCGUUACAAAUGUUAAUGUAUCAUUUGAGCCGUCCUCAGCGACCGGAAGAGCAACUGGUACAGACAGAUCUUCAUCAUCAAGUCGGGAGACGACAGUAACAAGUCAUACAGCCAAACCCGAAAUUGAAGAGGAAACUAUCGCCAGAACCAAAUCGCCGUCCCGGCUACCGCUCCCAACUGGAACGAUGGCCGAGACGGAGGAUAGUCCAAUGCCUACACUUGUGCGAUGGCCGCCAGAGGCUAUGAUCACUCCGGUGGAGACCGAGGUUAAAAAGCCUCAACUCUCGGAAGAUGACAACGACAGUGCUGUGAUACCGUGCAAGUUAUGGUUCUUCUCCGCCUGUCUUCGAUUUGACAAUAUAAACAUCCUUGGUUGGAAGAUCACCUUCCCUCCUGGCAUCUACCCUCCUGGCCCUCCUCCAAUACAGAAUCUCAAAUUCCCACCUCCAAUUGGUUUUCAAGGAGAUCUUCCGCCGUGGCCCAAGUUCACUGUUGGGUCUGACCGUAUUCCCACAUUCCCUCCAGAGCCAGAGCCUACUAAAUGCGAGACCAGGACUGCUUCUUUAUGCUCCACCUCCACCUCUUUUGUGGUGUCCACUGUUAGAGGGGCGUUGCAGACCAUCUCAUCGCAGGUGCUUCCUCCCACAUGUGCGGAGGUGCGAGGCUGCAUUGUGGAAGAUUUCACCAAAAUAGCAAGCCUAACGACAACAGAAGGAUGUCGGACUGGGACUGCAACCGACGUAGUUAUUACUUGCAGUGGAAGUGAAACGUCAGCUUGCGCUACGCAGACGAAGAUCCCUAGGACAGGUUGCUCGGUGACAGCCACGACGACAACAGUGUCAUGCACCCCUGCCCCUCCUGGGAAGGGUCGACGACACACUGGUGGCGAAGUUUGCGCGCCGGAGGAACUAUACAUUGUUUGGCCCCGUGAUGGCACCGACGUUGCUGAAACCAGCGCUAUUUACAGCGAAAUGAAGAAGCUGCUAAAGGGUGAGGGGAAAAUUCGGGCCUCUGAUACAAAGACGAUGGGGAUCAACUUCUGGCGUGUGUUUUCAGAGCCCGGACAGAUCCAGAAAAUUAGAGAAAUACCAAAUGUCGUGGGCGUUCACCGAGAAUGCACGUCGGACUGUGCGGACCCGCUGGAUAACGUACAAUCGAAAUGGAGAUAUCAAGAUAACUACCUCGAGAUAGAACUUGAAGGCUCCAUAUUAGGUCGUCAGCAAAUGGUUUACCUUUCGCAAAAUAAGUUGCCAGAACAAAGGUUCCAUAACCACUACUUCUUUGACGUCGAGGCCGGACGGGACAUCCCUGUCUUCAUCGUGGAUACUGGGGCCCAACUGGAUCACCAGGAAUUCACCGAAGGCGAUAAUAUAGCCAGCAAGACAGAGUUCGUUUUUGUCGAGAAAGACUACGACGGCCAGUACCACCGGGACGAUGCAGGCGUACCGCUUAAUGGCGUCUGCGAGCCAGGUUACUGUAAUCCGCACGGCACUGGGAUGCUGGGCAUGAUAGCCGGUGCGAAUCUUGGAGUCGCCAAAAAGGUCAAGCCCUGGGUGGUGCGCGUUCCGCGAAAGAAUAAAAGAGGAGGUGGCUUCACACCUCAGCAUUUCCUAGAAGGGGUAGCCAGAGUCAACGACAUGAUUUUGGGUGAUAGCAAGACCACGCGAGCUAUUCUUUCUUUGUCCUGGUCCUACGAUUCUGAGAAGUUUAUAAAAGGAUCAGAUGCUUCUACUGAUGAUUUUGAGACCUGGAGGGUGCGAUUUCAUGGGAUAUUAAGGACUUUGAUUCAGAAAGGUGUCUUUGUGGUUACAGGCUCGGGAAAUAAUCACAUAGUCAAUGGAUGGCCUGCCCUCUUUGGUGCUGAGCCCAGCACAUUGAAACCAGAACUGCAAGCAAACUGGCUUCAUGUCCCUGAGUUGUUAGUAGUAGGGGCUGUGGAUGUGUUUACAGGGGAGAGGUGGUGGAAAUCAGCGAUUGAUGUAGACAAAGGCCUUCCACACAUUUAUGCACCCGGAAAACAUGUUCUAGGCACGCAAGGAAACAAGGGAGAGUGGCGUCGCGAUUUCGAGGGAACUUAUAAAGUCGAAGUCGGCACUUCAGUUGCCACCGCGUAUGCCGCUGGUCUUGCUGCUUAUUUCCUGAGACUUCAUCAAGUUGGCCGGCUUGGACCCGACGCCAAAGGAAACGAUCCCGAUAUGAGCCCAGCUGGGCUCAAGAGAUACAUCAUCAACAAUGGCUGGUCACGAUAUCACGAGAAAUAUGUUGGUGAUAUUGUGGGGAUAUGGAACGGCGCGGCUAUCCCACGGCUCAAAGAGCAAGGCUACUGUCGCUACAGACCGAAAGACGCUAGAGAUCCAUUCAAGCUCCGGCGGCGGGGAAGUGAUUCUCAGUUAACCGACCUGUGCGUCCCGGGUACAUCUAAAACUCAGUCUAUCGGCCAGUCGAUCAAUACCUCGACAAGCAGCCCUACUAACAAAUCCACAGCUAAACCGACCGGCAUCACGAAGAAUAAAUCGAUUGGAACUGCGAUAGCUAAAUCCACAGCUAAACCGACCGACACCAAGAAGAAUAAAUCGAUUGGAACUGCGAUAGCUAAAUCUACAGCUAAAUCCACAUCCAAAUCGACGAUUAAACCGACAGGAAAGCAAGCAGGAAAGUCGAUAAGAAGUACUUCUAGCCGCCGUACAACAUCAGCAAAACCAACAAAUUUCGUUUGCACAGAAGAAACGGCAGAUCAGUGUUCUCCGGGCAUCAUUUGCAACGCUCCUCGCCUUAACGGCUGCAUCGAUGGAGAAUGCGUUUGUAUCCUACCAGACCCACCACCUACAACUUCCCGGACGACCACGCUUACAAGCAAAGCCAAGUCUCCCAAACCAACUGUGGAAAAGAACCCCAAAGAGCCAUUGGCACUUGGCGAACGGCAUUGCCACAAUAAAAGCCUGUACGACGGUGACAGCGAAAUCAAAGAGCGAUACGUCGCUCGGUUUUCUUUUCUGUUAUGCAAGCACUGCUACGACAACGACGUCGCCUUUCAUCCGGGAAAGAAACCCAUUACCUUCAACACUCGGGCAAAUGGUGCACCUUAUUUUCUAUCUAUCAGCUGGAAAGAUGGUUGCGAGAUGACUGUUGACCGAGUGAAAGUGUUUAGGCCGCUCCAGGAAACAAGCAUUGUCGCGGCUAAUCGCAACGUAAAUUGCUUCGAGUUACUAUACAAUAACUGGAGAAAGUGUGAGUUUUUGAGAGUUGAUACCUCACUUAAGGAGUGA